AGGGAAAGGAAAGUGAUGGGGCGCAAAAUUACGACAUUGGAUGGUAAUAGAAUGUUGGGCAACUUUGUCGGUUAUUUGUUCGGAAAUAAUUACUCUGGAACGCAGGAUUCGCUCGAGGAAGAUCCUCGAACUCGGGGAAUAAUGCGGAGAUUCAGGCAAGUGGAAGUCGAGGACGAUGAAUGGAUCCUCAUUGACCGAACUGUUGAGGGUACGCUGGAGGAGCCGUGGUAUGAAAUGCCACCCGCAGUAUUUACACAAGAAGGACCUGUAAAAGUGGCAACUUCACCCAUGGAAAAUCUACUAAUAGAGCAUCCCAGCAUGUCCGUAUAUUCUGUCGUGUCAGGGACGAUGACAUCUCCUGUCGCACCGGAUACUCCGCCCCCCUCACCCGAUGCUUGGAAAGAAAGCCAAAAGGAUAGUAACGAUUUAUAUAAUGCUGACGUUCUCCAAAAAGUUUCCACGGCAUCGCCAGUUGAUAUCUCGUCCUCUACAUCCACGUUAUGCACUAUGUCCACAUCUUUAGAUAGCAAUUCAAACCGAAGCAACAUUGAUGAACUUUCGCGCAGAAUUGUUGCGGAAUUGCAAGCUAUUCAUAGUGAUAGACUUCCCUCUUCUGAUAGCAAUGACAUCCGAGAUAGAAUUGGAAAUCAACUUCGUUCUGCUCAGGAACGUGCUCAGGAAGUGUUAAAGAAGCGCACGACCCAAAAUCUGAAGAAGGCUCGUCUGGAAAGAAACAAUAAAGUACGCCAAACAAAAGGCAAGCGACUUCGUCGUCAAGACCGUUUACGUGUUCGUCACAGUGGCGCCAAUAACAACCGAAAAUGCUAGUCAUUCGAUCUCAAGCCAAAAUGUACUUAAGCUUCUUCCUAAAAUGACCAACGCUACAAUAAAUAGUUACUCAAUAAAAUUUCGUUGCAAAGACGAAAAAUAGGACAAUAUUUAUAAGAUUUGUGCGAGUCCAGUAAGCACAUGUUAAUAGUAUGCUUAAUGUGAUCAGACAUCCUGUUUUGUCGAGAUGAUUAUCCGUUGUCCCUUUAAAUAUGCCGAAUAUCCUGAUUUUAGCAAAAAUGUUUCGCUAAAAAAUAUUUUAUUACUUAAAUAAAAAUUGUAUAAUAGUAAACCCAAUACAUUUUAAUUCCCUUGUAUCAAUUUUGCUUCUCCGUACUGUGUAUCAAAAAAGUAAAGAGGCGCAAUUUUGUUUUAUUUAUUAACUAAUACAGUUUUGUGCUGAUUAAUCAAUCGUAAUGAUGGAUAAUUUCUGUCUCAAUGGAACAAAAAUUAAUUUUUCUCACAUCUCGUAAUAUUUUUCCUAUUUAAAUUUAUGAAGAUUUUUAAUUAAAUUAAUGUAAAUAACAAAUUUUCAGUUGCCAAAAGUUUUAUAUUAAUUUUUCAAGAAUUUGCCUUCUUUAUUAAUGUAGUACACUCGCAAAUUGAAUUUUUUUGAAAUUAAAACUAUACAUUGUACUAGAAGACAUUGAUACGCUGGUGCAAUUGCAAUGAAAUAGGCCAUUUUAAUACACACUGAUAUAUAAGCAAUUAUAAACUGUACAUUUUAUACGUGUCGUCUAUAUAAAGUUUAUAAAAAUAUCGCGUUUAUUUUUAUAGUAUACACUAGAAAUGAUAUAUUAAUAAAAAACAAACAUAUAAUGAAAGAACAUAAAACAGAUGUUUCAUAAAAUAUUAUGAAAAAAAUAUAAUUUUUUACUUUAGUGUGAAAAGUAGAACCAUGAAAAAAUGCAAUUUUCGAUUUUGUUUGACAUAUAUGUAGAGGCGACUGAAGGAAAUGGUGAGCAUUGAGCUGCAUUAAUCUGCGUUUAUCUGUAUUGAUUAUUUUCUGCGAAUGCGUGCAACGCAAUCGAAAAUUUUUUCUCACUAGCAAGAGUGGGAAUAUUGCCACCGAGCGCGUGAUGGAAUUCAACUUUUGAAUAGUAUUGUUGCAAGUAUACUACUUUAAGGAAGUUUUUUGGUCUUGAGAUACGAAUUUAAGCAUAUAAUUAAGAAUUCUUUUUAGACAUAAAAAUUAAAAUACAAUUAAAAACUAAUAUACAAUAAUCGAAAUAAUGAUAGGUUCACUAUAUUUAUGUUAGAUUCACUUUAGUUUUAUAAAAAUGUAAAAAUAUAUUUUAUGUAACGUUUCUUAUUUUAUUUCUCAUAUUUAUGACUUUUAAAAUUAACAAUAACAUAGUUUAGUUUAAUAGAGAAAUCCUUAUUAACAUUACUAAAAAAUUAUUUUAUUACAUUAUUAAAUUAAUAUUUUUAUAUGAAAUAAACACAAGUUAUGCACUCUGUGCAUUUUCAAUAAAUAUUGAGUUUUAAUUUAAGAAGUUACAAAACAGUAACGCUAAUACACAAAAAUAAAAGAUUCAAUAUUUAGUA